AUGUCCUGCUACCUCCACCAGCACCUCCCUGCGCUCCACCAGGACCCCGUGGCGCUGUCCCCCGGCGUCCCCUUCCCGGCUCAGCGGUGGCACUCCACAACCUGCAUCCCCCAGGCCGUGCCCGUCCCCCUGCAGCGGGCGACGUCCUCCAGCGUGUGCCACCAGCAGAGUGUCACCCAGGCCGUGCCCCGCCAGCUCCUCGGACCCCCCUGCGUGCCCCAGCACCUCCCGCAGCAGCAGAUUGUCCCCAGGCGGGUGACAACGUGCGCGCCACCGCAGCAGCGCGUCACCGGCGGCGCGGGUGUCACCUGGAGCGUGCCGCGGCAGGUGGGGGUGACCCAGUGCGUGCCACAGCAGGUGGGGGUGACCCAGUGCGCGCCACCGCAGCAGAAGAUCGUCCCCAGGUGUGUCACCACCUGCGUGCCGCAGCAGAGCACGGGUGUCGCCGGUGUCACCCGGUGCGUGCCGCAGCAGCUGCAGGUGCCACCUCCCGAGUGCGUCCCCCAGCAGAAGAUCGUCCCCAGGUGUGUCACCACCUGCAUGCCGCGGCCGCCCUACGUCACCCAGGGUGUCCCUCAGCAGCAGAGUGCCACCAGGUGCGUCCCGCAGCGGUGCGUGACCAGCGGCUGUCCCCAGCAGGGUGUCCCCAGGUGUGUCACCACCUGUGUCCCCCAGCAGCGCGCGGCCCAGUGCGUGUCCUACCAAUGGGUGACACCGCCAGUCCCCCAGCAGUGGCAGAGCGUCACCGCCGCUGUCCCCCAGCAGUGGCACGGCAGGUGUGUCACCAAGUGUGUCCCGCAGCGGUGUGACACCAGCGCGGCCAGCAUUUGUGUCCCCCAGCAGAGUGCCACCAUGUGUGUCACUCAACAAAGUGCCACCAAGGGUGUCCCCCAGCAGUGUGGGACAGUUUGUGUCCCCCAGCAGUGCGUGACCCAAUGUGUCCCCCAGCAGAGUGCCACUAAAUGUGUCCCCCAGCAAAGUGCCACCAAGUGUGUCCCUCAGCUGAGUGCCACCAAGAGUGUCACUCAGCAAAGUGCCACUAAAUGUGUCCCCCAGCAAAGUGCCACCAAAAGUGUCACCCAGAAGUACGGGACAAUCUGUGUCCCCCAGCAGAGUGCCACCAAGUGUGUUCCCCAGCAGUGUGGGACAGUUUGUGUCCCCCAGCAGUGUGUGACCCAAUGUGUCCCUCAGCAAGGUAUGACCAAAUGUGUCCCUCAGCAUUAUGGGACAAUUUGUGUCCCUCAGCAAAGUGCCACCAAGUGUGUCCCCCAGCGAAGUGCCACCAAGUGUAUCCCCCAGCAAAGUGCCACCAAAUGUGUCCCCCAGCAUUAUGGGACAGUUUGUGUCCCUCAGCAAAGUGCCACCAAGUGUGUCCCCCAGCAAAGUGCCACCAAGUGUAUCCCCCAGCAAAGUGCCACCAAAUGUGUCCCCCAGCAUUAUGGGACAAUUUGUGUCCCUCAGCAAAGUGUCACCAAAUGUGUCCCUCAGCAGAGCAUGACCAAAUGUGUCCCCCAGCAAAGUGCCACCAAGUGUGUCCCCCAGCAAAGUGCCACCAAAUGUGUCCCCCAGCAGUGUGGGACAGUUUGUGUCCCCCAGCAAAGUGUCACCAAGUGUGUCCCCCAGCAAUCCGGGGCAGUGAAGAUCUCCAGCCACUCCAAGAAAUACUGCUCGGCCCCCAAGUGGCCCUGGUGACGAGGAGCGUGACGAGGACAAUCCCUGGGAAACCGGGAUUUGGGAUCUUUAUCUCCCCCCUCUCCCAUCCGCGUUAUCCCGGUUUUCCAGCGUUUCCCUGCCUUUCCGUGGGGACAUUCCAGGUGCCUCUGGCUCCUUCCUUGAUCUGACACAAGGCAUUGGAGGGAUGGGAACGAAUUCCCACGGAAUUCCGGGAAAUCGUGAUGUGCACUGAAAACAGAGUUUAUCUACAGAAACAUGCAAAUAUUUUACGUACAUAUAUAAACUUAAAUAAACGUUCUUGUUUGAACUCGGAUUAAAAA